GUUUAGCUUUUUUUCAAUGGUGUCUGGUGGAUCACGGUCACGACUGUGGCUGCCGUUUUUCUCCGAGAAGCGGCGUGUCGUGGUAAUUUUUGGGCUGUUGGUCUUUUUUGUUCUCCUGGGGCCAUGCUUUCGCGCGCCCUCGACCUAAUUUCCGUGUUCGGGCCACUUUCUCUUUGGGCGUUUAUCCUAAAAUGUGACUAAAUCCUGUGCAAGAUUUCCUUUUUCCGGUGCCCGCUGACGGCCCAAAUAGACGAUAAUAGCUCAGGGACAAAAACGCAAGAAUUCGCAUCGCGAAUAUUGAUGUCGUAUUUGAUUCAAGGCAAGCGUCAAUAUCCCAAUUCGUCGUGUCUUGUUUCUUACGCUAUAAACUCACUUGAACAACAUCACGAAUCACAAAAAAUGUUGUCGUUUCGUGCAGUUUGUGUCUUCUCCUCCUCGUUUCUUGCUGCAGAUAUGGUGGCCGCGACCGCAGACGGAAAAACGGAAAAGUCUGGAUUCCUGGCGAAGACUGCUGGCGAUCCAGCUAUUGGUAGAAAUAUCUUCUAGAAGAUACUCAUGCUGCACUGCUGUGUGUUGUGUAGUCGCAAGAAUUCUAUAUCCCUGUGGGUGCAAGAACUUUCAAGGAAGUAUUGCAACGUGUUGUAUCGAAGGGUACUAAGUAGAACUUGUUCUUCUCGGGAUGUGGUUGGCUUGUUCUUAUACAUAGAUAGCCUUGUCAAGAAUAUCAUGUAGAACAGAUACGGUAGCCGAAAGGCGUAGGAGCCCCAGCCGCGCCUUCACGAUGAAAAACAUGGUCGUCAUGUCACGAUGAAUUAUAUCAACACGUGUGAUUAGGAUAGAAGCUCAGAAACUACGAAGACUUCAUCAGGAGUACCAUUUAUCAACAAGUCAGAAAUUUCUUUGUCCAUUCUUUUUCAGGUGAAAAAGGCUCCGAAGAAGAACCGUCCACUCCUUCUUUCGCUGGUUACAAAUUUCCGGUCUUGGAAGUCACUGAAGAUGUCAGGGAACUGGCGCAAAAGCUCGUUGAAGGUGGCCCGAUGCGUGGAGGUAAAGGCCUUGUGGGUCUGAAAGGCCAAGGGCUGACCGAGCGCUUCCGUUUCUUGCUUCCGGUGCCGACGAACACACUGCACUGGACCGAGCAGCAUCGCGAUGUAUUGCCGGGUGGAGAGACUGCCAUGUCGGUUGCGGCCGUAGUGGACCAAGUCCCGGGUGUUGUUGAGCCCCCGAAAGGAGCCAUCCACGGAACCUGGCAGUCGGUGCCAUUCCGAUUGGGCAUGUCUUUCAUCCAACAUGAGGUCGGCAUCCUCAUGAACUACGCGAAAUUUAUGGCGAACCAAAUGUCAAUUCUUAGUUGUAGAAGUGGGUCAGACUCUUGUAAGAAGCUGUUCGCUGACAUUUAAGUAGCAGUCUACCCACGUGACUACACCACGAUGAGGUCACUAGAGAGAUCGAAGAAGCGAGCAUGUUCUAGAAGAAUGAUUUGCCAUAAUUCAGAUCGUAGCUCCUGCAAGAGAGACUUCCUUAAUAAAUAUUGAUAUUCAAAAAGGACAAUCCCCUUUCAUUUUGUUCCUGCAGACGGUGAACCCAAAGUGGGAUCCCUCCGGAGACUGGGCCUUCGUUGUCUUACCGGGAGAGCAAGCUGAGGGGCAAAAGUUUCCGGAUAACAAGUGGUCUAUCGAUGUUCCGUGGUUCCCGUUUGUCGGCAACGAUCAAAUCAACGCUGAAACCAAGCAGAUCGAAUUGAUCAGAACUAAGCAGCGUCUUUUGAAGAAGUACUAAAUAAAUUAAUAAAACUUUCUUUGAUUUUUGUGUCCGCUAUCUGGACGCUUUCUUUCUUCAUAGCAGAAGAUUUGUUCUCGCGCAUGUGUUGACGCUUUAUUUGCGAAACGGAAGAUGAAAACUCCAUCUCUCUCCCUCUGGAAUUCCCCAUAGUAGCUAGUUUUCAACUUUUCAUCGGAUUCUUAUCCGUGUUCAGGGGCUUACGUGAUGGCGUGCCAUUGGAUGCUUCCGCGGAAGCUUGCCAUGUCUUUGGAAAGCUGCAACAGCGCGUGGACGAAUACGAGGAGCAUGUCCGAACGCAUCUGGGCCCAACAAGUAGCGUUUUCUUUGACCUGAAGACCAACGACGAGUGGGGCCUGUUUUACUAUCUGAUGCCGCAGUAUUUGCGGAACAUGAACAAUUUCGCAAAAGCCGUCCUUGGCGCGUUGCAGGCGGAGGUCGAAAAGAUUAUUGGAGAGAUGAAAGCACGCAUCGAGCAGCUUGGUGCGAUGAAGGACAUUGACUUGCUGAAUGUGUUGCUGCAGCAAGAGGGCAUGCACGACCAGAGCCGGGCUGAGGCAGCCUGGCGCCGAUUCGUUGUCACGUACAUGGCAGAUGUAAAUGACUCUUUGGGACUAAGGCCUUCAGAGAACGGUGCUUUGAUGACGGUUGACCGAAGAAGUUUGUUGAAGCGCGUCAGGGAGGGAAUCAGGAUUCAGCGGGAAAAGCUGGACGACCUCAUCCUCAUGAACUUUAUCGAAGACACCAAGCAGGGAUACAGCAGGAACCUGUGGUGAGCACAGCGACUAGCUUUCACUAAUAAAUUACACAACUUCAAAUCGAGGAAGAUCUUGUUCUGAUGAGUUUACGACAUUGUUUCACCACGAAAAGACUAUCAGAUUUUUUGCUCCCGAUUUACGGUCAAAGUCAAAUCGAUAUCUUUUUGUUCAGCGUAUGGAAGGGGUCACCAGCACUGAUUCUAUGCGUUUUUAUCAAUCGCAAAGGUAUCCUGGUGUCGAUGAUACAUUGGCAAAGCUGGACCAGAGCGACGUCUGGGCAGGUAGUCACACAGAUAUUUGCGCGCUGACGCUUAUUCCAGCUGCCACGGAUGAGGGUCUCGAACUCUUUGUCGGCGAUGGACAAAUUUUGGAGCGACCUGCUGAAGAUUCUGCUGAGUGGCACGCAAUUGCACCCGGGGAGAUCGAUAUGUACAACUGACUCAUUCUUGACUCAAAUGAUGAAGAUUGACUUCUCGGAGCUGCAUGUUGUGGAAUAGACGAUUGAGGUCCUCAUAACAAGUACUAGAUUCACAACGCUAGAUUAUUGGGCGGACUCAUCUUGUUUCACAGGUACCUUUUUUUGUCGGAUUUUUUGCAAGCCAAUACGCAAUUUGAGACGAUCGAACUUGACGAGAAGGGGGCACUUAAAAGCACAGCAUUGUUGAAGAGCAUGUGGCAUCGAGUUCGUCGCACCCCAGCCCAGGCUGAGAAAGGUCACGGACGUGUCUCAACUCCGGUUUUCUACAACGUGAAAGACGAUCGUCGCGUGUCGAACGCCUUCCCGGUGGCAGACUGGUUCUUCCGCGCGCGAAUGCAUAACACCGCUGGAAAAUCGAGCGGCAGCAGUUUCGACGUAGGCCCGGAGAUGAGUGCCAUGAGCAAUCUGUACGUGGUCGUCGAGGAACAGCGCCGCAUCCUCAAUGCGAAUCCAGCGACUCGCGCGAAUGGAAUGAGCGCAGAGGGGCGGAAGCGAUCGCUGGAGAAGGUGCAGCUCUGGAGUGGUGAAAUACCACCAAGCAACACCGAAGCUGGCAAGGAGUGGCAGCACCAAAUGCAGGAACGCUACCAGGCAGACAAGAAGCGCUACGAGGCGGAAGCGGAAGCCCGUCACCUCAUCGGAGCGGCAAAGCGUCAGCGCGUAGCAUGA